GCAUGGUUGUUACGUCGCUCGACUAGUCGCGACUAGUCGACGACUAGUCGAGCAGUCGGUGGAGGCCGGUCGACUGGCCUCCUCGACUGGCUAUUUGUAAAGAUUUCGUUCGGCUGGUACCCGACUGGUCGACUGGGUCGACUUGUCGAACGGACUUGUCGACCCAGUCGCCCGACUGGUUCCAGAUUUUAAAAAAAAGCCCAGAUUUGAAAAAAAAGCCCAGAUUCGCAAAAAAAAACCCAGCCCAAGGUAUUAAAAGAAGCCCGACUGGUUCAAUCGCCCUAGUUCAACUCAGAUCUACGAGUCGCGCAUCGAAUCGCCUCCAGUCGCCCUAAUUCACCUCCAGUGGCCUCCAACUUCAAAUUUUCACAGCCUCCAGGAUAACAGAAAAUGGGGGACACAACUGACCCAACUGAUCCUAAUUAUGAUCCGUUUAAAGACCCUAAACGGAAGGCCAAGUCAACUGACCCGGGAUGGAAAUACGGUUUCUGGCCUGAUUUGAACAAUAAAAAUGUGGUGCAGUGCAACCUUUGUAAAAAAAAUGUGUGUUCAGGGGUAAGAAGAUUGAAGCAGCACCUUGCGGGAGGAUAUCCGGAUGUAGCAAUGUGUUUGAAAACUACAACAGCAAUUCAGAAAGAAAUGAAGGAGUAUAUUGAUAAAGUUGCGAAGAAGCCGGUGACAAUGGAUGAUGAUAUGAAUGUUGACGAUGAUGAGGUUCCAGUACAAGCUGCAUCUACUGCUGCCUCUAAUAUGCGCAGCCAGGAGGAAACAACAUCUAAAAGGAAGAAUGUUUUCCAAAUACCAGCAACAAAAUCAGCCAAGUCGAUAUCUUCUAUGAUCCGAAAGACACCUGAAGAAGUAGUUGAGGAGAGACACAACAAGGGUCCAUCUCAAACAACUAUUGAAAACUGCACAAAAUCUGAAGAAGAGAAGGAUAGAGUGAAAAUGCAUAUAGCCAACUUUUUCUAUGAAUGUGGCAUACCAUUCAAUGCUGCAAACUCUAGGAGUUAUGAGAUUAUGGUUGAGUCUAUUGGGCAGUUUGGACCUGGUUUAAAGCCGCCAAGCUAUCAUGAGUUGCGGGUUCCACUACUUGAGAAAGCAAAGAAAGAGACAGACAAGCUAAGGGAAAGACACGAAAAAGCUUGGAGGCAGUAUGGAUGUACACUAAUGUCUGAUAGAUGGUCAGAUAAGAGGGGGAGACACUUGAUUAAUUUCCUUGUAAACAGUCCAGAGGGGACCUUUUUCCUCAAAUCAGUUGAUGUUUCAAGUGAAAUUCAGGAUGCUGUUAUGUUGGCAAAUCUGUUUGAAAAACAGAUUGAUGAGAUUGGAAGAGACAUUGUUGUUCAGGUUGUGACAGACAAUGGUGCUAAUUUUAAAGCCGCGGGAGGAUUAUUAUGUCGCCGUAUUCCUACACUUUAUUGGACUCCUUGUGCCGCACACUGCUUAGACCUAAUGUUAGAGGAUAUUGCCAAGUUGAAGGAGUUUGAUUCAACCAUCACACAUGGCAGAAAUAUAACCACCUUUGUGUAUAGGCAAGGUCGACUCUUAAGUGCAAUGAGGGAGAAGACAUUAGGGAUAGACCUUGUGAGAACAGCAGCUACAAGAUUUGCUACGGCUUUCCUCACACUACAAAGAUUUGCUAUAGGUCUUAGUUUACUUUGCUUCUUAUAAUCCUAUUUGUGCAGUCAAUUGUGUGUAGAAGUGUAGAAUAUGUAGAUAUAUAUAAAAUUACUAAUUUUAUACUUUGUCGACUAGUGUCGACUAGUCUACGACUAGUCACGACUAGUCACGACUCGACUUGCCGGACACUCCGGUCGACUCGACUCGACUUACCGACGUAACAAC